CCAGUCCAGCAGGUGUCAGUGUUUCUGCUUGAGGGUUCGUAUAUGUAUAUAAAGAAGAACACGUUCUCCAUGUGACAGUUUUUAUCAUAGACAGUUAAAGACAGAACUUGAUCUGAUUAAUAAGGAGCUGCUGGAUCUGUAUUAAACGAAGGAUGAAUCUAUCAGAGAGUUCAGUCAAAGCCAGCGAGUCUCCAGCGCUUCAGUCUGAUGUGUCUCAGCUGAAGAUCGGGUUCAUCGGAGCGGGAAACAUGGCGUUUGGAAUAGCGCAGGGCAUCAUCGCGUCAGGGAAGGUUCCACCCAGUAAUAUAAUUACUAGCGCUCCAUCCAUGAACAACCUUCCUCGCUUUCAGGAGAGAGGUGUUUGUGUCACUCACUCCAAUGACGAGGUUGUCGAUCGCUCUCGGUUGGUCUUCCUGGCCGUCAAACCUCACCUCAUCCCGAAGGUGCUGAAUGGAAUCUCCGGGAAUGUCACUCAGGAACACAUCAUCGUUUCCAUGGCAGCCGGAAUCACUCUAGAAACACUUGAGGGGCUGUUGCCUGCUGGGACGCGUGUGAUUCGUAUAAUGCCGAAUCUUCCCUGCAUGCUCCUGGAGGGGGCGCUGCUCCUCGCCUGCGGCUCGUGUGCUGGACAGAUGGAUGAGACUCUGCUGAAGGCCCUGCUGGGCCCCUGUGGGUUGGUGGAGGCGGGGCCUGAACACUGGAUCGACGCCCACGUGGGCUUGAGUGGCAGCGGCGUCGCAUUCGUGUAUGUGUUUGCGGAGGCAUUGGCGGACGGUGCUGUUAAAAUGGGGAUGCCCAGCGCUCUGGCUCGACGCAUCGCAGCACAGACAAUACUGGGUGCUGGCGUGUUACUGCGUGAUUCCGGGAAGUUCCCCGCGGAGCUGAAGGCCGAGGUUUGCACACCGGGAGGAACCACGAUUCACGGGAUCCACGCGCUGGAGAAGGGAGGCUUCAGAGCCGCUACGAUGGGAGCCGUAGAGGCGGCGACCGAAAGAGCAAGAGAACUCGGAAAGAAGUAGAGUUUAAAUCACAUUUAGAGACUUUAUGAUACUUGAGGGACUAUUCACUUAACACCUUAAAGUCUUACUUUAUGCUCCAAGCAUAUCCAGUACUCAGUGUUUCUGAAUGUAAUGAUAACGGUUUGAAAGGUGCUUCUUAAAGUACAAAUGAAUGAUAAUUUCUUGCGUAUUCUAAGGGAACUAUAUACAUACAGACAAUGAAAUCCAUGUUAGCUAUUACACGUCUGUGUGAUUUUUACAGUACUUGAAAAACCACUGGGAUUCAGAAACUGAUGCAACUCUUAAAUGGUGACCUUUUUACACGAUAAGAAUGUGCUAGAUGUAUUCACUUUAUUUUCUGCACAUGAACUGUGUUUAUUUUGUCCACACAGAUUUAAAGGAUGUGAAAAAAGCAUAUUAAAUGUUUAAUAAAUGAAUCUCUAAUGAA